GGCUCCGGGAGGGGGUGUCGAGUGGGCUUGAGGAGCGGCGGAUAAGCCUCAGGAGAAGAGAGGCUUUUUUUUUGUUGGCUUUUUUAGUAGGAGAGGCGGGGGAGGGGGGGAGCGCCCGGCUUUACUGUGAUAGGAGCCGCCUCUUCUCCUUUCCUCUCCUCCCACUUAGCCCGCCGGCCUGUCUGGUUGUCCUUCGCUUUCGCUGCGUUUGCCUGGCUGUACCACCAUGGCUCCUUCCUUUCGCUCCAAAAAAACCCGAUCGAACCGGGACGAGGAGGAUUUCUCCCAGGCCAGAGGGGAUAGGAAGGCAAGAAAGCCGCUGGUGGAGAAGAAGCGGCGAGCGCGAAUCAACGAAAGCCUCCAAGAGCUGCGUCUGAUCUUGUCGGAAACCGAGUUCCAGACGAAGAUGGAGAACGCCGAGGUGCUGGAGCUGACGGUGAAGCGAGUGCAGGGAAUUCUGCAGAGCAGAUCGCUAGAUGGUGACAAAAUGCAACGAGAGGCCAGUGAACGCUUUGCAGCUGGAUAUAUUCAAUGCAUGCAUGAAGUUCAUACAUUUGUCUCCAAUUGUCCUGGGAUUGAUUCUACCAUUGCAGCAGAGCUCUUGAAUCACCUUUUGGAGUCAAUGCCCCUGAACGAAGGCAGUUUUCAAGACCUGAUUGUGGAUGUCUUAUCAGAUCCCUCCAUCAGCCAGUGGCCAAGUGGAGAUGGGCCUUCUCAAAUGCCUAGAGGUUCACAUGGAACUUUAAGCCUGUCCAGUCUCACUUCACCUCUUCCUUCACCUUCCUUCAGUGAAGAGAUUUGCUCAGAUUUGGAAGACACGGAGGCAGAGCAAAACCACAUCUCUUUGGAUGAACUGGACAGGUCUAGGAGUCAAAAUGUGCCUUCCUCCAGCCUUUCCAAAUCUUUGUGGAGACCAUGGUAAUAAACUUCACAAGAACCAACGCAGAUCUACCUAAUAGGGGGAAAUACUUGAGCACUGUGUUCUUCUAGCCAUUGGAAUAUAGACGGUGAGGAUUUCAGAUAGUGCAUUUAUGUCCUAAAACUAUUGUAUGCAGGACUGUAUAGCUGACACUCUUUCACUGUCAAAUCCUGACUGAUUGAAUUGCUAAGUUAACAUUUCAUCUGAGUAUGAGAAUUGAAAUUUGUAUGUCUUUUUUUCUUAAUUAUUACUAAGGUGUGGGGGUUAAAUGAUUUGGAAGUGUAUGCAAAAGAGCUCUUUUGUUGAUGCACAGCAUUCUUUUUGCAACUUACUUUUUUCUUGUGGGGGAUGUAAGUGCCUCAAUACCGGGUAGUUUGGGUUAAGAAAAAGCCCUUGUGGAUUUGAGAACUUGUUGGUUUAAUCCAGUUAAAGGUAUGAAGUAAAGCAUGAAUGCAGAAUUUCAUAUAUUUUAAUGAUAGAUUUUUUUUAAAAAAAAAUAAAGCCAAGGAAAAUUCCUGAAAGGGAUUGGUGCAGCUAGUUUCUUGAUAAGUUUAGUAUUCUAGGAUUUCUCCUUCAGUGAAGGAAGAGGAAACUGGAAACCAGGAUUGAAUUAGGUAAACUUUUAAAACAUUGGUGGCAGGGUGCCUUCUAGAAAUGUGCUUUGUGCACAUCUAGCACAAAAUGAAUAUGAAUUUUACUGUGAUAUGUACAUCGCUUGUCAAAUUUUUAUUUUAAUCUUUUUUAAAAUAAAAGUUCACUGAUUGCUUAUAUUUUAAGGCACAAGA